GUUAUAUUUAUAUCUUAACCCCUAGUAAUUCACGCCUGGUGUUCCUGCUAAUGCCCCUUCGUUUGCAAAAUUAAUUAUUGCAUACGAAUUAAGUUCAACAUUAUGCUACUUGCAAGUGUGGCUCUGGCCCUGACCGUAGACGGCCUUGCAAUUAGGGCACUGAACCUGGUUAUUGGAAGACUUUCCCAGGAUCAUGGCGGGGGCUUCGAUGGCGGCGUGGUUGACAGCAGCAGUGGUGGUUUAGUUAGCCAUUUCGAAAUUGCUGGAUUAUUUGGUUGGGAAGUUCAAUUUAAGGAUGAAAUAGUUGAGGGAAAUGAAUCAUUCGAAUUGAUGGUUGAUGGUUGAUGG